UGUGAAUAAAAUCCUUCGUUAUAAUGGACUUGGUACAUCAAAACUUCCCGAAGUCACAGUACACUAAAUUUGUAGCUGUGAACUGAGGAGACGUAGAUGAGGCGAUUUCAAUUUUUGGAAAUUUUACACCUCAAGGCGACACGCCUAUUAUCUGUAUGCCAGAGAGAAGCUGUUGUAAGCCAUACAUAAUAAUCCCAGAGGGCUCUUAUGCAGUUGUUGUCAAACAUGGUAGCUAUCAAGGAGUUUGGGAGCCAGGUCUGCACUGGUGUAUGCCUUAUACUGAAAUCCAGUUCUUGAUUACAAAGCAAAACUUCCAAUUUGAUGUCCCUGUAAGGAACUGUCCUACGAUUGAUAAUAUUUACAUCCAGAUUGAGGUGUCUAUCGUCAUGCGAGUGAAGCCUGGAGAAGAGAACAUCAAAAAUUUUGUCCAAAAGACUAGUGUCAAUCAGCUGAACGAACAGCUUGAAGCUGUUAUUUCUGAAAGAAUCAGAGUCUUGGCUAGAUCAAAAACCCAUCUUGAAGCAUACAGUAUAAAGGGUAAGAACAGUGGAAAGAACCGGGAUGACGGUAAAUCUGUCAACAGUCAGCUAACUGAAUACAUGAAUGGCAUUUUCGAGACCAAAGGUAUCGAUAUCAGGAGCGUUAUCAUCACCAGGGUAAACCUCGACUCUGAAAUUGCUGACCAGCUUGAGGAAAAGACCACUUAUGCUUCGAUGAACACUCUUGAGAGGAAGCAGCAAUGCUUUGAGCUCAGAGUCAUCAACGAUGAGCAAGAAUAUAACCAGAAGAAAGAGAAAAUGAAGCAAGGAAGGCAAGCUGAGUCCGAGAGAUUUAAUAAAUUGAAGGCUGAAAUUGAGAAGGAUAAUGGCAAGAUCAACGCUGACACUGCUCAGAUAAUUGCAGAUAUAAGGGAAAAAACUACUGCUGAAGUCAACAAGGUCAAUGCCCUCUCUCAGUUAGAAGCUGAAGAGGUUAAAGCCGAGACUAAGAUGAUUAGAGCAAGGAUUUUGGCAGAAGGAAGAGCUAAAUAUAAUGAAACUAUUGCUGAAGCCGAAGCUUAUGUACUGACGAAGGAAGCAGAAGCCAGGCAAAAGACUGCUGAAAAAUUCGCUGAGGAGCUCAGGAUUAGAGGGAAAGCAGAGACAAGGCUUUCUGAAAAGAGAGGUCAUGAACUGCAAAUGUCGCAGUUAGGAAUUCUACAGGAUCUCGCCCAAAAUAGAAAUUUGAAGAUCUUUGGAGAACAAAAAGAGAACUUGAUGGCACAAUUCUCUGCUUUCAAAAUGAUAAACCAGCAAUAAAGAAACUUAAAAGGAUCUUUAAUAGAGAAUUUAUAAAUUUUGUGU